UGUGUGUAUAUGUUUGACAGCUCGUAGUACUUGUUAUUGGUUUUCUCAACAAGUUAUGGUGUAAAUUUUCAAAUACGUAAAUAUUGCUUUCGUGUAUCAUGGAUGAUAAUUCCAUUUUUAAACUAGAGAGCGGAUCCAUCGAUGAGGCGUCUACAGUUGUGAAAGACUUCGCGGAGAAGCACAGUCAAACAUAUAUUUUCCAUGAAAAUGAUAAGGAGACUCUUGAAAGACUGUGGGCAGCUUUAUUUCGAAGACUAGAAAAUGAAAACAGUGAAGCUUGCCAUAAAUAUUGUCUUAUUUGCAUUAGACUUCUGAGCCGUGAUAAAGUGGGAUUAUGUGAUCAUGUGACAGAGAAGCGAGUGGAGACUUUAUUGAAAUUAGCAGGACUUGUGCCACAAGAAGAAGCUUUGUCAAAAGCAAGCCAGAAGUCAGCUGACCGUGAUGUGAUGCUUGAGGCUUUAAAGGCUCUCUGCAAUAUUGUGUAUAACAGUCCACAAGCUCAAGCGAUUUGUGGCCAAAAUCAUGCUGUGGAAGCAGUGAUUAUACGGAUGCGAACAUAUCCUGAAGGUGGCUGGCCUAUUACUCUCAAAUAUUUUGACAUGAAGCUUUUGUUUUUAAUUACUGCUCUGUGUUCAUCAGUGAGACCCACUCUGCGGGGCCCUCUUCAUGGGUAUACAUAUUUAGUGGAGAGCUUGGACUUAAUACUGAAAGAAUCCAAAGGGAAACCUCUAACGGGUGAACAAGUCCAGUUUGUCUGUGAGAUUUUGAAAGUGUUAUUCAAUCUCUCUCUGGGAGCAAAUCAGACUGAAGAAGAACCGCACCACAUACGUUUGGGUGCAAUUUUAUAUCAACUGUUGCUUCUCAAAUCAAGUAACCCAGCUGAAUUGAAUAUGCAUGCAGUAAACUUACUAGUCAGUCUUCCUGGGAGCUGCUAUUCAGAACUAUUGACACUUGCAGACAGACUGUGCCCACCUGAGCUGGAAUGUGAAGGAUAUAACAUGGCAGUGGUGGAAAUAAUAUUGGAACUGUUGGAUGAAAAGCUGGAAGACCAGGUAAUCAAGAAACAUCCUGAGUCUCUGUGUCCGCUACUCACAGUUUUAGCCAAGGGAGCAAGAUAUCAGCGCCCAAUUCGAAAGUUCCUAAGAGCAAGAAUCUUACCUCCACUUGGUGAGCAAGUAUUAACAAGACCAGAAGAGGGUGACACAAUGCGGAAUAAACUAUGUCGUUUGCUGACAGCAGCAAAUCCAGACACCAAUAUUUCACAGCUGGCUGCUGACCUUCUGUUCGUGCUAUGCAAGGAGAAUGUUGGCCGAAUGGUAAAAUAUACUGGCUAUGGUAAUGCUGCUGGACUUCUAGCAAAUAGAGGUCUGAUGCUUGGUGGAGAUGGAAAGAAACCUGAUGGAUAUUCAUCAGACAGUGAAGACAGUGAUACAGAAGAGUACCAGAAAUACCGAGACAGUGUGAAUCCUGUUACUGGCUGCUAUGAACCACCAAAACCAGAUCCAACUGCUGGAAUGUCUGAUGAACAAAAAGAAUAUGAGGCCAUGCAGCUUGUUAACAUGAUGGAUCAACUAACGAGAGAUGGACUUCUUCAGCCAUGUCGAAUUGGAGAAGAUGGGCGUCCUGAACCUGUCGUACAUGUUCUUCAACUUCUGGAAGAGUUGCCUCCAGAAUUUCGGCAGCAAAAGAACACAUUCGAUGACAGCAAUACAGAAUCAUAAAAGCUAAAAGCUGAGUUGCCAGUGACGUAAUACAUUCUCUGGAUUUCUUCAUGUAGUUACCUUUUUCACCUGUUUUGAUAGUGUUCACAAAGAAUUCGUAGUAAUUGUUGUUGCUAUUUCUUAUUGAGUGCAAAUGUAUGUCAGCACCAUUUUAAAUUGUGUAUGCUGUAGAAUGAUACUAUGUGUGUUUUGUCAAGAAAUGUUUUGACCAUGUUCACCUAGUUUUAAUUUGUGUAUUUGCUGCUCUCGAGAACAACUUAUUCACAUUUGGUCUCAAAGACAGUGCUCUAGGAGAGAAGACCAUGCAUAAACAUGAAGGUUGAAAAUAAACAGAGGGAGCACAACAUAUCAUGUGGAUAAAUUGACAGUAUUUUAAAGAAAAUCAAUUAGAGAAAAGAAUAACUGGUAUAAUAACACAAGCAUGGUGUCUCAAAUAAAGCAGUAGAUGCACUGUUAAAGCAAGAAAUGUUUGAUAAUCUAAUCCAGAUGUGAAAGAACAGGUCAAAACUGAUGCAUGACUUAAAAUGUAGUUCAACUCAAGAUUAUACUUAUGCGUAUUUGUUUCUACGAAGACAGUUAAAAUAGCCUGUUUGUGUGCAAAUUGAUUAGCUUAAGUUUUUUAAUGCCAAAGAAAUGUAUCACAUGCUGUCCUACAAUUCCGAUCUGUCAAUACUGACCUUGUUUUUAUGUUGCAGGGAUGAUAAACAUAUUAUAUUUAACAAAUAUUAGAAUAGAGUCAAAUGAUGAUAAACAUGAGGUACAAAAUGACUUUUUAGUAGCCAGUGUUGUAGUAUAGAUGUUUUGAGUUUUCCCCUUUUAUCUGUAUAAACGCUUCGACAGAGGUCAAAUAUGCUGACUGAACGAGUGAUGAACUGAUCUCUAAGUAAACAUAAGUUGUUAACAAUUGUCAAGAAUCUCUGUGUCUGUUCUCCACAUCAUUUCCUGCAGAUUUCCUGUGUGCUUGCUUCUAAGAGCAAAUGUGACAUUGCUCUAAACUGAUGUUCCAAUUCUUUAAGUUAAAUACACUUAGGAAAUUGACUUAAGUUCUGUUAAGAUUCUUAAAAAAAUAAAACCAUUAUUUGCUUC